CAAAACUAGCAAUCGCUAGUCCUCUUUCGCUUAUUUCUCCCUUCUUCUUGCGGCCACUUUCUCGGCCAUAGAUUAUUACUCCGGUCUGAUUUGGUCCAGUUCGCCCCGUCAAACUUCGCGUUGGCACUUCAGCAUGAAGUUUGGUAGAAAUCUUCCGCGGAACCAGGUUCCCGAGUGGGCGGGGUCAUACAUCAACUACAAGGGCCUCAAGAAGCUCAUCAAGGCCGCUGCCGCGGCGGCUCAGCACGGAGAGCAGGUUGAUCUGGCAGAGUUCUUCUUCGACCUGGACCGGAACCUGGAGGACGUUGAUUCGUUCUACAACAAGAAGUUCGCCGACGCUUGCCGGAGGCUCAGGGUGCUUCAGGACCGAUACGGCAGCUCGCCAGAUGUUGUUGCGAACCUUGACGAUGACGAGAUCGAGGAGCUGAUGGGCGCCCUGCUCGAGCUGCGCAGCCAGCUGCGGAAGCUCCAGUGGUUUGGCGAGAUCAACCGUCGCGGCUUUGUCAAGAUCACAAAGAAGCUCGACAAGAAGGUGCCCAACACGACCGCACAGCAUCGCUACAUCUCCACCAAGGUCGACCCCCGCCCGUUUGCCAAGGACACCACCAUUGCCAGGCUGCUGGCCGAGAUCAACAAGUGGAUCUCGGUGCUGGGCGACUCCCACCACGACGAUGACGCCAGGUCGGAGAGGUCGACGCGUUCCCUGGGACGAGCGUCGGCGAAAGCCAUGCUGAAUGUCCCGCCGAGCGUGCUGGACAAGCUAGACCAGGCGGUCCGGAAAGACGAUGUGGAGAGCUUCAAGGAGAGUUUGGCCGCAGGCAACCUCGUGAGCGCGGAACCCGCGUCGCAGAGGAUGCUCCUCAACCUGCUCCAGCGCUCCAUUUCUGCACGAGCAAAGGGGUCGACCGCCUUUCUGCUGGAAAAUAUCACGUCCCUUGACGAACCUGACGACAUCAACGGGCGGAACUGCAUCCACCGGCUCGUGAUCCACAUCGGCCGGACGAAAACAGUCUCGGCAAGGAACGCAGAGGACUCCAAUCCGACGUCGUUUCCCUUCCCGGGCGCGGUCCCGUACGCGCAGAGCUAUCUCACACCAGCGACAUCGCCCCUUUCCGCCCCAAGAGUUUGUGGCCUUAAGGAGUCAAACCUUCUCACCAAGGACGAUGAGGCGGUGCAGAUGCUUAUCUACCUCCUGGAAGCCCUCAAACCCGGCCAAAGGCCCGCAUUGAGGGCCCCGGACAGCUUCGGCCGGAUCCCGCUGCACUACGCCGCCCAGUUUGGGUUCGUUGUGGUUUGCCAGAUCCUCAUGAGUAAAAUGCAGGAGUGGGGCCAAUUCAACGUUGAGAACGGCAUCGACGCUCCCGAAUGGCAGGACAAGGACGGCAAUGCGCCGGUACAUCUCAGUGUCCUUGGCGGCCAUGUCCUGACGACGAAGGCCCUGCUCCAGGGUGAGGACUGGAACGGCGAGAACGACAGAAAAGCCGAGAUGAGGCGCUCCAUUUCCAAGUCCAGCGCGAUCCUGGCCAUUGCCACCAAGGCAAACUUCAAGCCCAUCGUGGAGAUGUUGGUCGAAGCCGGUGUGGACAUUAACUGGCAGGACAAGGGCGGCGAGACGGCUCUACACAUCGCCGCUAGAUUCGGCCAUGAUGAAUGUGCCAGGGUGUUGCUGAAGGGAACAGCCGAGCAAAAGGCUAAUCUCGAGCUCACCGAGAAGUCAUUUGCCUGGACACCGCUACACAUUGCAGCAGUGGACGGCCACCUGUCUGUCGCCCAGCUGCUGGUGGACGCCGGAGCGGACGUGGACAAGCUGGACUCGUCGGGGUGGACAGCGAAGGAACACGCGGCUCUGAGAGGGCAUCUCGAUAUCGCCAACCUCCUCGCAGCACAUAGUCGGGAAGCAGAGGGUGCGGGGACGAGCAGCUCCGACGAGGAGAAAGCGGCGUCCGAGCCGGUGGCGCGCGAGGUUGCCUCACUGGAGGAGAGGAGGUCAAACGGCUCAAACGGCACCUCGCGCUCCGCAGAGCCCGUCAAGUCGUUCGGUCAUCGCUACCUUAAGGACGAGAGCCUGGUACUGGUCAGCCUCGGCUCGAUGGACAUGCGGAAGAACGUCGAAGCCGUUACGUUGGACAGAGUGCCGCUCACCGAGGCCCAUACCACGCAGCUGGACACGGCCCUCUCGAUUGUCGUGUCGGCCCAGGGCGCGCAGGGCGAGCCGACCAUCAUCGAUAUGCCGGUGCACGAGAACAUCUCGACCGACCCCAUCGUGUUCACGACGCCCGACGCCACCAAGGUCAAGUUGCUGUUCGAUAUUGUCCCGACCUAUUCAGGCAACGAGAAGAACAAGGUCGGACGCGGCGUUGCCCUGCUCUCGAGCGUGCGUCCGACGAUCGGAGCCAAGCGGAUGAACCUGCAGGGAGAUGUGUGCGUGCCGAUCGUCGGCGCCAACCUGGACGUCAUCGGCACGGUCAACUUCAACUUCCUGGUCAUCACGCCGUUCUCGCACCCCAAGAUGGAGGUGACGUCGCAGCAGACCUACUGGAAGAAGAUGACGUCGACCAUGGUGAUAGGCCACCGCGGCAUGGGCAAGAACGUGGUGUCCAACCGGUCGCUGCAGCUGGGCGAGAACACGGUGCCGUCGUUCAUCGCCGCCGCCAACCUGGGCGCCCAGUACGUCGAAUUCGACGUUCAGCUUACCAAGGACCACGUCCCCGUCAUCUACCACGAUUUCCUCGUCAGCGAGACGGGCUUCGACGCGCCCGUGCACACCCUGACGCUGGAGCAGUUCCUGCACAUCAACCCGGACUCGUCCCGCGCUCGCGCCGGCGCCUCUGGUGGCAGCGGCGGCCACCACCACCAUCACCACCACUCGCCCACGCUGCAGCACAGGCAGCUUAACAAGACGCGCAGCAACAGCCCCGGCCCGCGGCAGCGGUCCAUGUCGAUGGACUGGCCGACCGGGUUUCAAGGGACCAAGGAAGAAAUGGAGGAGCGCAUGAAGCACACGCGCGACUUCAAGGCGCGGGGCUUCAAGGCCAACUCGCGCGGCAACUUCAUCCAGGCGCCGUUCGCGACGCUCGAGGACCUCUUCCGCAAGGUCCCGGCCUCGGUCGGCUUCAACAUCGAGCUCAAGUACCCGAUGCUGCACGAGAGCGAGGAGCACGAGAUGGACGCGUACGCGGUCGAGCUCAACUCGUUCUGCGACACGGUGCUCGAGAAGGUGUACGACUGCGCCGACGACGGGCGGCACAUCAUCUUCAGCUCCUUCAACCCGGACAUCUGCCUGUGCCUGAGCUUCAAGCAGCCCAACAUCCCGAUCCUGUUCCUGACCGACGCCGGCACGACCCACGUCGGCGACAUCCGCGCCAGCAGCCUGCAGGAGGCCAUCCGGUUCGCCUCCCGCUGGAACCUGCUCGGCAUCGUGAGCAACUCGGAGCCGUUCGUCAACUCGCCCCGCCUCGUCCGCGUCGUCAAGCAGCACGGCCUGGUGUGCGUCAGCUACGGCGUGCAGAACAACAACACCGAGUUGGUGCAGCGACAAGUCAACGAGGGCAUCGACGCCGUGAUCGUCGACUCGGUCCUCGCCAUCCGGAAGGGCCUCACGGGUGCGCAGGAGCUCGCCGCUUCUUCUAACGGGGACACCACCCAUCAACAUCAGAAGAAAGUGGAGGGGAAUGGCGUUCAGAAGUGAGAGUCGAGCACAUCCUACGGAACGGAAUCCGCUUGGGCGAUGGUGGGAGGAAGGGGAGAGCGGUCGGGUUUGAGUUUGAGCCGCCUCUUAGGGGCUGCUACUAAU